AUGCAGAAGUCACGGGGCAUGCGGCGAGAUGACCGCCGGAUAAUCAUCCAUUUUGACUAUGACUGCUUCUACGCCUCUGUUGUAGAGAAUGAAGAUCCUACCCUCAAAUCAGUCCCUCUUGCCAUUCAGCAAAAGCAAAUCAUUGUCACUUGCAACUAUGAAGCCCGCCGUCGUGGCUUGCGAAAGCUACAGCUAAUCACCGAGGCCAAACAGGUUUGCCCCGAGGCAGUGAUCAUUCUUGGGGAGGACUUGACGCGGUUUCGUGACGCCUCCAAGGAAUUGUACAAUUUUCUGCAACAGUCGAUAUGGAGUGGCAAGGCAGAACGGCUUGGUUUUGACGAGGUUUGGCUCGAUUGUACAGACAUGAUUGACUACAAUAUCGAACUAUUGAACCAGAAUGAUCUUCAGCAUUCGUUCUUUUGUCUGAACAAGGAUGACCCUACCAGGGGUUUCGAAUACGAUGCCUCUCAAGUCUUUGGGCCAACGUUCCCCCGAAGUACUGCUCCAUCAUCUGAAUCUGCCACGGCUACCGAUGAACAACUUUACAUACGAUUAUGCUUAGGGUCUCAUCUAGCUCGACACUUGCGGCAUGGAUUAGAAGCGGAGAAAGGAUACACGUCGACUGUUGGCAUUGCAACCUCUAAAAUACUCUCAAAGCUUAUUGGGAACGUAAACAAACCCAAAAAUCAGACGACCAUUGUACCUCCUUACGACCCCGUUGGGCUCCCAGAGAGCAAUGUGGCGCAAUUUCUGGAUGCCCACGACAUCGGCAAGAUCCCAGGGAUAGGAUUCAAGAUCGCCCACAAGAUCAGAUCGCAUGUACUAGGGCGUCCACCCGAUUUUGAUCAGGGCCUCAUAUAUGGGGCUACGAAAGAGUCGGUCACUGUUUUGGAUGUUCGUUCAUAUCCUGCAAUGGGCCCUGAAAUGCUCGAGACGAUCCUUGCAGGGCCUGGAUCGCCCAAAGGCAUUGGAGGCAAGGUAUGGGAAUUGAUUCAUGGUAUCGAUGAUUCCGAAGUUGGCAUGGCAAAACGCAUUCCAUCUCAAAUAAGCCAAGAGGACUCUUACAUGAAGUACCUUCGUACGUUCGAGCAGGUCAAGGAGCAGUUGUUACUUCUCAGCGACAGACUUAUUCGACGAAUGCGUAUGGACCUGUGUGAGGAUGACGACGAUGAUGAUGCCGCAACGGAGGGCGCCCACCCACGAUCUCGAUGGAUGGCUCAUCCUCGUACAUUGCGGCUGUCCACUAGGCCACGGCCACCACCAGGACCUGACGGUACGCGUGCCCGGACUUUUCAUCGGAUUUCUCGGUCAGGUCCCAUGCCCAACUUUGUCUUCAAUUUGAUCGAAUCUUCUAUUGUACUAGCCGAGAGACUGGUAGCAGAAACGCUCCUGCCCAUGUUUCGCAAACUGCAUCACGAGACCAACGGCUGGAAUCUCAGCUUGAUUAACAUUGCAGCCACAAACAUGGCAGAGACAGCAGCUGAGACCAAGGACAGUAAAGGCCGUGACAUUGGAAAAAUGUUUCGACAUCAAGAUGAGGUGCUUAAGGAUUUCAAAGUCGUUGUCGAAUCAGAUACCAUUGAAGACGUUCCAUCGCCUCUGCCGAAGGCUUCUAGCGUGGACGACAGCAGCACAGGGAUAGAUGCAUCAAGUGGCAACCUGCCCCUGGCGGAUGCUGCGGAAGGAUGGGAUUCAGAAGACAGCGAGAGGGGCGAUGUGGAGCGAUGUGAGUAUUGUCAGGCAUACGUUCCAAUAUUUGCAUUGGCUGCGCAUCAAAGGUACCAUCAACUGAGUAAUUAG